GUUUAAGAAUAGAUGGUCGAAGGGCAACAGAGAUAAGGAGAAUCUCCUGCAAACCUUCAGUCUUGUCACAAGCAGACGGAUCAGCAUACAUUGAACAAGGGAAUACUAAAUGUCUCGCUGCCGUUUAUGGACCACGUGAACCUAGACAGAAAUCAGCAAUAUUGCAUAAUAGAGCUAACAUAUCCGUUGGAGUCAGCUUUGCUCCUUUUGCUACCAGUGAGAGAAAAAAGUGGGGUAAAUCUGAUAAGCGUCUCUUGGAGAUAGCUUCAUUUGUAAAACAAACAUUUGAACCGGUAAUUCAAACGUCUUCCUUUCCAAGGUCUCAGAUUGAUAUUUUUCUACAAAUACUUCAAUUCGACGGAGGUACUGUUCAAAUAUGCAUCAACGCGACAACGAUGGCACUUGUAGAUGCAGGUAUUCCCAUGAAUGACUAUGUCUGUGCUUGUACUGCUGGGGUAAUUCAACAAGUGCCCAUACUUGCAUAUGACGAUAAGCUCAUGUCGCAGGAUAAUCCUGUAGAUUUGAAUUUGAUUGAAGAGUCAUCAAAUAGUCCAGAAGUUACUGUGGCUAUUCUUGCCGAAUCCGGAAAAGUCACUCUGUUGCAGAGCGAAUCUAGACUAAGCCUGAAAAAACUCCAGGCUGUUGCUCAGUUAGCAAAAGCAGGUUGCAGAGAGAUUUGUGAUGUCAUGGAUAAAGCUCUUCGAAAGAAUGUUAAAGACUUAUUCGGAAAGAUGGAAGCAUAA